UAUUGUUACAUUUCACUUAGUUGUGCAGGUGCUUCGACAUCAAAGAGUAAGGUGGGGGAUAGACCUCCAAAUAUGGAUGUUUUUCAGCAAAGACAAAAUAACAUUGGACAACUUUCUCAUGUCAAUGGAACUGCAUUGGCUAUUGUGGACACUAAUACCUCUAAAGGCAUGCUUCAUUUGUACAAGAGUCGAUUACAACACUAUGCCCAGAAGCAAAAUCUCACUUUACCCGUGUAUUCUUCUGAACUUGAUGGCCCUCCUCAUGCCCGUUGUUUUAGGUCAAAAGUGACCGUUGACGGGGUAACUUAUGAAACUCAGGAGUUCUUCUCUACAUUGAAGGAAGCUGAACAUGCAGCUGCAAAGGUUGCUUUUGAGUCCUUAGCACUUAAUGACACUCAGGAGGAUGAAGGUUUGUACAAGACACUUCUGCAAGAACUGGCUCAAAAAGAGGCUUUACUUUUUCCAGUUUAUGAUACAGCCAGAACUGGCCCACCUCAUGCACCAGUAUUCCGCUCAAUGGUGGAAGUUGGAGAUGGGACUUUUCAAGGACAAGAAGCUAAAACCAAGAAACAAGCAGAGAUGAAUGCUGCAAAGGUUGCUUACAAUGCCCUUGUGAAACGUGGUCAACUAGAUGAACCUCUUCAUGUCCUUCCAGUCAGUUCAGAAUGUGUUGUUGCUGAUGUUUCACAACUAGUUGUUCAGCAGAAGACCAAAUUGAUAAUUGAAGAACUAAGUUUGCAAAAUGAAGAGGCAAACACAAAUGCAAAAAGACACAGAUGUUCGAAUGCACCCAACACAUAUUCCCUUAUCAGGGAUCAUCGUCCUGAUGCCCCAUUUGUUGCUUCAGAUUCAACUGAUGCAGUUGUUGAGUCUGUUGAUUCUGGUACGUAUGCUGGAACCAGUAUUUUGCCAAGUGAGAAGAUUUUCAUUUUCCCCCGGAAAGCAAACAUGGACCUUCCAAGUGGUGCUUCUGUUUUGCCUUGCAGCAACGAAAAAUGGGUUGCUGCUAGCUUAGAGUUGAAUCGAAAUCACUAACUGCUGAAACCCAACUUUGUAAUGCUGUUUGAUGAAUCUUAUCUUGAUGAUAAAGUUCAAUUCUGAUAAUUUUGUACUGGUACUACAAUAUGUGUAAAAGACAUAUGUGACCUAUAGAUACAAAAAAUUAAUCUAUGCUAUAUUUUUUGAGUAAGUACUAGGUUAUGCUUAUUAAGAAAA